AUGGAUGCACUAGUGGAAGAUGAUAUCUGCAUUCUGAAUCAUGAAAAAGCCCACAGGAGAGAUACAGUGACUCCAGUCUCAGUAUAUACUGGAGAUGAGUCUGUUGCUUCACAUUUUGCCCUUGUCACUGCAUAUGAAGACAUCAAAAAACGACUUAAGGAUUCAGAGAAAGAGAACUCUCUGUUAAAGAAAAGGAUAAGAUUUUUGGAAGAAAAGCUUAUAGGAGCUCAGUUAGAUGAAGAAACAAGUUCUGUGGGACGAGAACAAGUAAAUAAGGCCUAUCAUGCAUAUCGAGAGGUCUGCAUUGAUAGAGAUAAUUUGAAGAGCAAAUUGGAGAAAAUGAAUAAAGACAACUCUGAAUCUUUGAAAGUAUUGAAUGAACAGCUACAAUCUAAAGAAGUAGAACUCCUUCAGCUAAGGACAGAGGUGGAAACUCAGCAGGUGAUGAGAAAUUUAAAUCCACCUUCAUCAAACUGGGAAGUGGAAAAGUUGAGCUGUGACCUGAAGAUCCAUGGUUUGGAACAAGAGCUGGAACUGAUGAGGAAAGAAUGUAGCGAUCUCAAAAUAGAGCUACAAAAAUCCAAACAAACGGAUCUGUCUCAAGAAGACAAUUUGAAGAACAGAGAUCUCCAAAGACUAAGCAUGUCAAGUGAUAAUAUGCAGCAUGCAUAUUGGGAACUGAAGAGAGAAAUGUCUAAUUUACAUCUGGUGACUCAAGUACAAGCUGAACUACUGAGAAAACUGAAAACCCCAACUGCAAUCAAGAAAGCCUGUGCCACAGUAGGGUGCGUUGAAGACCUUGGGAGAGACAGCACAAAACUGCACUUAACGAAUUUUACUGCAACAUACAAAAGACAUUCCCCUCUCUCACCAAAUGGCAAAGCUCUUUUUCAUAUCACAUCUUCUCCUUUACCAGGCGAUACAAAGAUUUUAUCAGAGAAAGCAGUUCUCCAAUCAUGGACAGAUAAUGAGAGAACCAUUACUAGUGAUGGUACUAACUUUCAGGAACACAACUCCUAUGGCAGAAAUUCUCUGGAAGACAAUUCUUGGGUAUUCCCAAGUCCUCCUAAAUCAAGUGAGAUAGCAUUUGGAGAAACCAGAAGCAAAAUUUUACCUUUACCCAACAUGCUAUCACUGCAUUAUCUGGAUCAACAUAAUCAAAACUGCCUUUAUAAGAAUUAA